UGUUUCAGCAAGAAAUCGUUCCAAAAUAUCCCAUGCUGUUUGAAUCUCUUUAAUGCGUUCUUCCGGCAUUUCACAUGAUUUGUAGAAAAAAAUCGGGAAAUACAAAAAGCGCAAACGAGCGAAUAGGUGACCAGAGUCAAAAUGCAAGCGAGCAUCGACUUGAGCACGUUUCACCAAAUCUUUUGGAUACAAUCGGUCGUCUUUUCCAUAUUUUCCAACUAAAUACCCGCAAAUUGCGUGGCUGUCGGCAAUCAACACACCAUUAUCGUCGAGAAAUGGAAUCGUGUGUUGUGGAUUCAACUGAAAUCAAAAAUAAGUCAAAUGAUGCAGAACGGAAAAUGUUUUAAUAAUUGCAAUGAAGAUGACGAUGAAUGUACCUUGAUAAAUUCGGGUUGCUUAUGCUCCUGUCCGAACAAAUCAACUACUUUGCACUCUAGCUCAACGCCCAAUUCAGCUGCAGUCAAUAGAACAGAACGUGCAGGCGGACUCAAUGCAUGCAUGUAUAAAAUUGGCUUUGAUGACAUGAUUUAACGAUUCUAUAAUGAAAGUAGAAUAAAAUUACACAACGUCAGCAUUAUUCGGUUGAUAGCAAUUCCAUGUGAAUGAGAAUAAAAUUUACGUUCAAAUUUUUUCGUGGUUUAAAUGAUCCAUUUAGAAGUUAUCAGGUAGGAAAUAUGAUAAGGCGAAAAAAUUGAAUAUCGAUGUGAAUUUUGUUCCGGUUCGUAUGGAAUUGCUGUGGAGAAACCAGAUUCGUUUGAUGGAAAAAUACUCAUCGUCAAAAAGAGUGGAAAAAAAGAAAAAUUGCUUUUUGGAGAAAUCAUAUGAUUUCUAUUUUUAUGGAAACAAAAAGGCAAAGAGAACACAAUAAAAUAUAAAAGCCAACGAACCGCUUGAAAUGGAGGUAACGUCAACUGUACACUAUGGAAUACACCUUUCGACUGAGACUCAAUCAAUUGUGGUCGUAUCAAUUGAAAGCAACCGGUUUUCGUCACACUAGUAUCGUCGCCGAUGAUGAACGCUACCGCGUUGCGUCUGCGUCGCUUUAAUUGUUUUAUUCCCCUGAUUUUAUCACCUGUUUUGUGACCUUGAGAGUCAAGUUAUCAGAUUUGAAUUUUUAGAAGAUCUUGAACACCAGGCAAAAUACCAUAGCUCAACAUGAAAUUUGCAUUAUUAAUCUGCACUAAUACUCUGUUUUUGAACUUUUCGUUAAGUUCUGCUCAUAUUUUUUCGUUGUGCAAAUUGGAUUUCUCCUGAAAAACAGAUAAUUUAACGAAUUUUGGUAGGUACCCAUAGAAUUUUUAAAAAAUUGCACUCACAAUGAAAAUAUUUCGUUUCUCUUCAUUUUUUCGUUGAAAUGAGAUGAAAUGUUUUUCUAUGUUUUCCUCCAUUUCCUUCUGCUGGACGUUGAUAAGGGUAUUACUUCCAAGUUUCAAUGUAUUUUUAAACUUGGUGAUGGCAUCGAUCUUUACGCUUUUAUGAAGUUCCAUGAGUUUAUCGCUUUUAAAGUAUGGAUCGAUGUUGCAUUUUCAACAAGCAACAAGCCAAUCCAGCACAUCGUGUUUUUAAUACUGAGUUCAAACCGAAAGGCACAAUAGUGUAUGCAGAAAAAAUGAAGAGAGAGAGAAUUCCAUCAUUUACCUGCGCCUCUAAGUAUUUCAAAAAGAAAUUGAGCAAAAAACUUUUGCCCUGUCGAAAAGCACCGGCAAUAGAAAUAACAACCACAUCACGAUCUUUGAUGGCAUCAGCUUCUAACACUGUUUUCAAUUCGUCUAUUUCCAAUACAAACGAAUGAUUAUUAUUCGAAGAUAGAAUUUGAACAACAUGACCCACCACAUCGGCACCAAUCACAACGCCGAAUUGUAGGAGAGCACACAGAAUUAGUAUAGUGAACUUCAUUUUCGAUUCGAUGUAAUUUUCAGACUGAAUUGUUCAACAUAUUUCAAAUUUAAUUUAUAGACGUUGAGAUGUUAUUGAAAAUAAGGCUGCCUUUGAUAAAUAAAUUUUAAGAACUUCUGACGGUGAUAAGCGUUCAAAUUAAGAACAAAAUAGCGAUAUUGAAUUAUAUCCGUCUUUUAUAUGUUACUAUGAAAUCACUUCGCUCUAUUGGAAACAUUACGCUCAUAAUCUGAGUACUCGCGUCAUAAUGAAGUCGACAAGGCGAUGAAUUUUCAAAGUUGCUUUAUGAACGAAACGAUCGUUUAUCAACCGAUGGCGAUCGACUCGAAAUCAUCAUAUAUUCUUUUCUUAUUUUGAUACAAAUACUGCUCGAUUCCAUUUUAUUAAAAAGUAAUAAGCGAUAAUACUUUCUUACUUGUAUGGCAUAAAAUUGAACUGUGAUUACACCCAUAUAGUUCAUUUGCGGAGUAAUUUUGUCGAUGGUGGGAUUGUGCGGGGUUCGGCGGAGAUGGCAUACAAACGCUGUGUGUACGAGGGCAACAGCAAUAUUUGCUGUGCAUACAUCUAUUUUGUUGAAACGAACAUCAUAGUAGCCGUGCACAACUGGGCACACAGCUAAGUUACUCAUCAUCUCUGCGUAAGAGCGAUAGACAUAGAAAGGAACUCCGUACAGUCCCGCCUUCAACAAAAUUACUCCGCUAAUGAAUUACAUGGGCAUGACAUAUGAGAUUAUGUAGUUUUUCACAAAAAGCCAUAACAAAAGUUCAUGUAUAUAUUUUCAAUCAGUUUGCAAUCGGUUGAUCAAUUAUCGCUUCACUCUUACGCAUUUUUAACUGGCAAAUUACUUGUUUAUUUUUAUAAACUUGUAAUUUAUAUUUGGAUGCUUAUCACACUACAAUGUUCUAGAAUUUAUUCAGCAAAGUCAGUAAAUUUUCAAUAACAUCUCAACGUCUAUAAAUUAUAGAUUUAAUGCACUUUUUAAUUCAGUGUGAUAAAUACGUCCAACAUGAAGUUCGCAGCAAUAAUUCCGUGUGCUCUUUUACUAUUCGGCGUUGUGAUUGGUGCCGAUAUGGUGGAGCAUAGUAUUCAAAUUAUAUCUCCAAAUAAAAACCAUUCGUUUGUAUUGGAAAUAGACGAAUUGAAAACAGUGUUAGAAGCUGAUGCCAUCAAAGAUCGUGAUGUGGUUGUUAUUUCUAUUGCCGGUGCUUUUCGACAGGGCAAAAGUUUUUUGCUCAAUUUCUUUUUGAAAUAUUUAGAGGCGCAGUAUAAAAAGCACGAUGUGUUGGAUUGGCUUGGUGAAAAUGAAGAGAACAGUACAUUGUCUGGUUUCGAAUGGGCGAGUGGUCGAAAGCGAAAAACCGUUGGCAUUUGGAUGUGGUCGGAAAUUUACACACAUGACUUCGAAAACGGUGAAAAAGUGGCAAUCAUUUUACUUGAUACUCAAGGAAUUUUCGAUGAUCAAACAAGUGUUAAAGAAUGCACAACAAUUUUUGCAUUGAGCACCAUGAUUUCAUCCAUUCAGUGCUAUAAUUUAAUGCAAAAUAUCGGAGAGGAUGAUUUGCAACAUCUGCAAUUGUUCACCGAGUAUGGAAAAGUGGCUCUACAACAUACGAACACAAAACAAUUUCAAAAACUAUUGUUCAUUGUCCGUGACUGGCCAUAUCCAGAAGACACUUAUUAUGGAUGGCGUCAAGAAAUAAUCGAUGAAAUACUCGAUGGAAAUGACGAACAAACGGACGAUAUGCAACAAUUGAGAAAGGAAAUCAGAUCAAGUUUCGAUGAAAUUGGUGCAUUUUUAAUGCCACAUCCCGGCAUGACUGUUGCACGAAAAAAAAACUUCAACGGUUCUUUGAAACAGAUCGAUCCUGAGUUUUUGAAAUUUGCCAAAGAAUUGUCGCAAGAUCUAUUCGCUCCGGAAAAUUUGCUCAUUAAAAUGAUUAAUGGCCAAAAUGUACGGGCUCGCGAUUUGGUGCACUACCUACGCGAGUAUACGAAUUUGUUCAAUAACAAUACAUUACCUGAACCACAACCAAUGUAUGAGGCAACUGCAAAAGUGAACAAUCUAAUCCUAGCGAAUGACUGUGUGAGAAAUUAUAGUGAUUUCAUGGAGAAACAGCUCAUUAACCUCGAUCCAUACUUUAAAAGCGAUAAACUCAUGGAACUUCAUAAAAGAGCAAAGAUCGAUGCAAUCACCAAGUUUAAAAAUACACUUAAACUUGGGAGUGAUAACGCUAUAAACUUCCAGCAGAACGAAAUGGAAGAAAAUAUAGAAAAUCAUUUCAUCUCAUUUCAACGAAAAAAUGAAGAGAAACGAAAUAUUUUCAUUGGGAAAGCCAAAUUGCACAACGAAAAAAUAUGUUUUGAACUAAAGGAACAGUUCAAAAACAGAGUAUUAGUGCAGAUUAAUAAUGCAAAUUCCACAUUGAAUAAUGGUAUUUUGCCUGGUGUUCAAGAUUUUCUAAAACAGUUUGACUCCCGGAAAAUGGGUGACGUCGAUGUUUCUGGUGUGAUGCGAGAUCAAUUUGAAAACGUUUUAUAUGAUUUUCUAUCCAUGUUGAAUCAGGCAUUUGAGACGCAUAACGACUCUAUCAACGAAUAUAAUAACUUUAUGACGAAGAGCAUUAAUGGGAUUGAAACUUAUUUCAAGCAAAAUAAGCUCAAAGAUAUUCAUGAGUUAGCGAAAGAAAACUCAAAAUCACAGCUUACAAGAUAAUUGGAUGGAUGUGAUGAAACGAUAGCAUAUGCCAUCCAAUACAGAAUAUUAAAUGAGAUCGACAAGCAAUUCCCAUACUUUGAAUCAAAAAAUCAAUUGAAGCACGACGACUUCAUC